UGUUUCUAAUCCGAUUCAUCCAGGCUUUUUUGUCCUCAGAACGUAUAUGCUCUGGAACAAAAAUAGAAUUCUACUCAGAGUCAUGUUGUCCGCCAUUUUUGCUGUCGCCGUAGCAUCCACCAUCAUUAGUUUUUACUCCUAUUAUGAUCUCUUAUUCUACGGCUAACCUAAUCCCAGGCUGUCCCCAGAACUUGGGCAGUUUCUCAUUCUUCAUGCCGUUUAUUCUCUUGUUCGUGUUCCAACUUGCUACUGAUAGUCCCUCACACUCAUGCUGUGUCAUACAGAGCUGGCGGUCGGCCAAGGGCCCUCUGUACGUUAUCCUAGUGAAGCAUAAUAUAUUCUACUAUGCAUGCGGUCUGCUUCUCUCGGCCGUGAACGUCCUUGUGCCGCUGCUGCCGCUUUCUGAUUCCCUAACAGACCUCGUCCCCGAAGAUUUUGAGGUCUUUAUCCUUGCGAUUCUCGCUACGCGCAUGCACCUCCGUAUCUGGCAUAUGGAUCAGCACGUGGAUGACUCUGACAUCGCCGUGUGUAUACCUAUGUCAGACAUGUCACCUGUAGACCAUACGGUGUGUAACAUCUUAUCGAGUGGCUUAUUUGGUGUCGUUUGUGAAGUUGAACUUGGACUACGACUUCCUUCUCUGUUUGAUGAUUGAUCAGCAAUACACGAGCCAUAUCGCUGCUUGCCACUACAUGAUGAUGCGUACCAUCCAAUCUUGGUACUUAUCGCAGAGAAGUAUGUGCAGGUUGUUA